CGACUUUUCAAUUUCCCUCGCCGGUCAACAACAGAGCAGAUAUGGUCACAUGGCAAGUUGGCAACAAUUUCUGAAUUUUUCCAACUGUUGUAUCCUUCCUUCCCACUUCGAUUGUUUGAUCAGUCAAUCAUCUCCUCCCUCUCAGCUUAUCCCCAUCUUCAUUUAAGCUAAUUAAAAUCCAUUAAUCAUCUCUGUCAGCUUGAUGCUCCUCCUAAUCUGAACCAGUAAUGGCUGCUGCAACCAAAACCAUCUUUACUCCCCAGCCCCACCUUCUAAACCUCCCCAUACUUCUUCUGCUGCUCUGUGUUCAAUCCCUUCGCCACAACUAUUCCCUCGCCGCCGACACCCUCACCCAAGGCGGCCCCGCCCUCAAUUCCUCCGCCACUCUCCUCUCCAGAAACGGCCACUUCACUCUGGGAUUCCAGCGCCUCGUCUCCAACUUCAGCUACCUCGGCAUCUGGUACGACAACGACACCGCCGCUCUCUUCUGGGUAGCCAAUCGCGCCUCCCCAAUCCCCGACAACACCGGAGCUCUAGCCCUCGACCCAUCGGGAGCUCUAAAGCUCAACUACUCCGGCGGCGACAUCGUCAACCUCUACUCCCCCAGAUCCCCGUCUUCUUCCCCCGCCGUAUUAGAAGACACCGGGAAUUUCUCCCUCUCCGACUCUACUUCGGGAGCCGCCUUAUGGCAGAGCUUCGAUUCCCCAACCGAUUCGUGGCUGCCGGGGAUGAAAUUGGGGGUGGUGGAUCGCGGGUCGGGUCGGAAUCGAACCCUAACCUCCUGGCUGGCCGAAUCCGACCCGGCUCCAGGCGCGUUCACAAUGGAGUGGGACCCCGCCGGUGAGCAGCUGGUCGUGCGCCGCCGCGGCGUCGUUUUCUGGACCAGCGGCCGGCAAUUGCGCAGGGACGCGUUCCAGAACUUCGCCAUGGAUUCUGGGACGGUCGAUUUCAACGUUUCUAGGGUUUCCAAUUCGGACGAAGAUUACUUGACCUUGUCCGCCUCUAGAAACAUGUUCAGCGCGCCGAGUCAGAGGAACUUCUCCUUCUGGCGGUUGAGAUACGACGGGGUCGUCGUUGACCGGAGUACUAGCCGUGUGAUUGUGAGCGCCGAUCUGUGCGACGGGAACAAUACGGAGAACGGGUGCGCCAGGUGGCAGGGGCCGGAGUGCCGGCGGCGGAAUGGGGAUCGGUUCGUGCUGCAGCGGGGUGGGUUCGUGAACACGGUGCCGAGGAGGGAGGAUAACAAUGCGAGCCUUGGCAUCAGCGAUUGCAGGGAUUUGUGCUGGAGAGACUGCCAGUGCGUUGGGACGAACAUCGGCAGUAGUAAUGGCACUGGCUGUACUUUUUGGUAUGGAAAUUUCAGCGAGGAUCCCAAUUCGAAUUUUGUUCAGUAUCAUAUCAUCGUCGGAGCCGCAACGGCGGCUGCCCACCCGGCGACAAAGGAAAGGAAUUGGAUCUGGGCUUUGAUUGCUGUUGCAGUGGUUUUGUCGACUGUGAUCGUCGGUAUCUUGUGGUACUUGCGAAGGCGAAAACGCAGAGAGAGGCUUCUAGCGGAGUUGAUGAUGACAUCUGAUGCAACCAAUUAUAUAGGCGAGAUGGAAGAUGGUAGUGGCGACCAUGGCCAUAAUUUGAAGAUUUAUAGUGUGACAACCAUUAUGACCGCCACGGAUAACUUCUCUUUGCAAAACAAACUUGGCCAAGGAGGUUUUGGACCGGUAUACAAGGGAAAAUUACCGGAAGGACGAGAGGUAGCUGUAAAGAGACUAUCGAGAAGUUCAGGACAGGGCCUCGUGGAGUUCAGAAAUGAACUUAUACUCAUAGCCAAGUUACAACACAGAAAUCUUGUCAGACUUCUUGGUUGUUGCAUUCAUGGGGAAGAGAAAAUGCUAGUUUACGAGUAUAUGCCGAAUAAGAGUUUGGAUGCUUUCAUCUUUGAUGAAUCAAAGAGGGAAGUGCUAGAUUGGAACAAGCGAUUCAUUAUCAUCGAAGGAAUAGCACAAGGAUUGUUGUACCUUCACAAAUACUCAAGAGUUAGGAUUAUACACAGAGAUAUGAAAGCAAGUAACAUAUUACUCGAUGAAGACUUGAACCCCAAAAUCUCAGAUUUUGGAAUGGCUCGCAUUUUUAGAACAAAUGACAUAGAGGCUAACACAAAUAGGGUUGUCGGCACAUAUGGUUAUAUGUCUCCAGAGUAUGCCAUGGAAGGAACUUUUUCGAUCAAAUCUGAUGUCUUCAGCUUUGGGGUCCUACUAUUGGAAAUCGUGAGUGGUCGGAAGAAUCAUGGUGUAAUUCAGUUGGAUCCCCCUAUCAACCUCGUGGGAUAUGCAUGGAAGUUGUGGAAAGAAGGCACGCCAUUGCAACUAACGGAUCCAACCUUGGGAGAUUCAUAUGAUAAGGAUCGAAUUCUGAGAUGCAUCAAUGUUGGGCUGCUUUGCAUCGAAUAUAAUGCGGAAGAUAGGCCAACAAUGUCGGAGGUCGUAUCAAUGUUAACAAGUGAAGUUGUACAAUUACCGAUGCCUAAACAACCGGCAUUUACUGCAUUGAGAUCCAGGAGCAUUGAUGUGGAGAAAAACUCAAGCACUAGUUUCACGGAAAGUUGUUCGACCAAUGAAGUCACCAUAACAACUAUGAGUGCACGAUAAGAUACCAUGAAGUAGAAGAACAAAGCAUUAAUGUUAGUGGUAUAACUCUUCAUUUAGUUUGUAGGCCCAGAUUUGCACUAGCUACUGCGCGGACAGUAACAGUAAUAUGAAUCAGCAUUUACUCGACAUACAAGCGUUUUUUUAUGCCAAAGACUCAGUUAUGUUACCACGUUGAUUUCUAUCCAUGAAUUCUUGUAUUGAUUUGUUGAGUUGUCACCCUCAUGAUUUCAUUUCAUUUCACCUUAAUAAAGAGACACUAUCCAU